GACGAGGGGGCCGCCACCGCCGCAGCUGCCGGCCCGAGGCGCAUUGAGGUUCCCCGGCCCCCUUCCAUUGAGGAGUUCACCAUCGUGAAGCCCAUCAGCCGCGGCGCCUUCGGGAAGGUGUACCUGGGCCGCAAGGCGGGGAGGCUCUAUGCUGUGAAGGUGAUGAAAAAAGCAGACAUGAUCAACAAAAACAUGGUUCACCAGGUCCAGGCAGAGAGGGAUGCAUUGGCUCUCAGUAAAAGUCCUUUCAUUGUGCACUUAUACUACUCACUUCAGUCAGCUAAUAACAUCUAUUUAGUGAUGGAGUACCUUAUUGGUGGAGAUGUCAAAUCUCUUCUCCAUAUUUAUGGAUAUUUUGAUGAAGAAAUGGCUGUUAAAUAUGUUUCUGAAGCAGCAUUGGCUCUUGACUAUCUCCACAGGCAUGGGAUAAUCCACAGGGAUCUGAAGCCAGACAAUAUGCUCAUUUCUGAUCAGGGCCAUAUAAAACUGACAGACUUUGGGCUUUCCAGAGUCACUCUGAACAGAGAAAUAAAUAUGAUAGAUAUCCUUACUACACCAUCAAUGGCAAAGCCAAAACAAGAUUACUCACGUACUCCAGGACAGUUGUUGUCUCUCAUCAGUUCUCUGGGUUUUUAUACUCCUGUUGGAAUGAAAAUGCCAGGGCACAAUUCGAGUCAAUCAUCUGACAGUCUGCAUGGAGUGGUUUCUCCCUUACCUAUGGUCCAAAAGGAAAAUACCCCUCUUCCAACUAAAUUAUUCAAAACAUAUCUCGAUACUUCUCCACUAACCCCUGUGAUGCCAGUGAGAAGUUUAACUCCUACUCUACUUCAGUCAAGAAAAAGGUUUGGUACCUCCAGUGCCAGUAGUCAGUUGCACACAUGCCUGUCCAGUAUGGAAUCAGAAUGCUGCAGCAGCCCCAGGUGGGAGAAAGAUGUAGAGCAAAGUGAAGAUGAACUAUGUUCUACAACAGGCGAAACAAGUAACAGUGGGUCAGGUCUCCUUUCGAAUGUAGAAUUACUGAAUAGCAAAGGUAUUAACAUUUCAAAGAAAAAAGAACUGGAGUCUGCCAUUUCUCCCAUCAACAAUGAUUCUGGCAGUAGGCAGAAGCUGGGCAGUGAACAUUCCAAUAUAACAGAUACUCCUGUGGCCACACUGGAUGUGAAAGGCAUAGUCAGAAAAUGUCUUUCUGAAAAUAAGAUCUGGGAAGAAAAACUCUUUGUAAAUAGAAGAAAGAUGACUAAUGAAACAGCAGAAACUUCCAAGCAACAACAGUCACCUUCAGGGCAGAACAAGCCUGUUGAGCUUAUCAAAGAGGAAGAAUUUUUUGAGAAGCCAGGGGUGAAAAGAAGCUUUGAAUUAGUUGACACUAGUCCUAGUCAGGAACUUAACUAUGUUAAAAAAAGCAAUGCAGAAUAUAAACGUGGUUGUCAGAUCACAGAAUUUCCAGCAAACGAAAGGACAGGUUUGACAACAGAAAUUCAGUCCUUAAUGCUUUGUGAUGAUGGAUGCCUACGUGACACCUGCAAAAGCAAGGAAGAAGUUAAGAGUCUUAUUGUUAACCAGCAAACAGUAGAAAAAUCUCUUGCUCCAAUUGUAGCCGAAAAUCUUAUGUGUGAUCUGGAUGCAGACACUGAAAAGGAUGAUAAAAAGGGGUACAAGGAGUACAUGAACUCAAGCUUUUUAGGCACUGAUGAUGAAAAACCUUUAGGAAUCCUGAGUGCAGAUUCUGACCUGUCACUUCCCGAAAUGUCUGUUACAGAAAGCCAUUUAGAGAAGGAGCUUUUAGAUUUGGACAAAAGUGUUAAAGACCUCUCCUUUGAGGAGCCAAAACCAGAAGGCAUGCUAAUAACAUCACUGGCGUGCCGAGACGCCUUGCAAAACGGAGAGCAAGCACACACUGUCCAGGACUGCAAGCUCUUACAUCAUGAAAAGGAUAAUGACCAGAAACACACGAAAGAAACUUACCUUGACACAGCAACUUCUCCUUCAGAAAAAAUGAUGGAAGCACUGAAUAUCUUCAAAAGAAAUGCUGUUGUUUUUCGAAGUUAUAAUAGUCCAAUUAAUGUAUCCAAUGUAUCUGAGCCAUGUAGCAUGGCUUCCUUAGAUAUAGUGGAUCUUUCACCUGCUUGUAGUGGCUCUUACCCAACAGCCAUUACUCCAUUACAGAAAGGAAGACCAUACAGGGUCUAUCAGACACCUCAUCGGGGAGAUGCUGGCACACCAUAUAGGACUCCAAAGAGCGUAAGAAGAGGAGCUGCCCCAGUAGAAGGUGAUCGCAUCCUGGGGACCCCAGACUACCUGGCACCUGAGCUGCUUUUGACAAAGCCUCAUGGUUCUGCUGUAGACUGGUGGGCCCUUGGAGUUUGUCUGUUUGAGUUUCUAACUGGAAUUCCACCUUUUAAUGAUGAAACACCAACACAAGUCUUCCAAAAUAUUUUGAAAAGAGAUAUUCCCUGGCCUGAGGGUGAAGAAAAGCUGUCCGAUAAUGCCCAAAAUGCCAUAGAUAUUCUUCUAACAGUUGACAGUACUAAGAGAGCAGGACUGAAGGAACUGAAACAUCACCCCCUCUUUCAUGGUGUGGACUGGGAUAACCUACAGAAUCAAACUAUGCCGUUCAUACCUCAGCCGGAUGAUGAAACAGAUACCUCUUACUUUGAAGCUAGGAAUAAUGCUCAGCACCUGACUGUGUCUGGAUUUAGUUUAUAA